AUGGCAGGAGCUCCCAUGCCUUAUACUCCUCCAUAUUCUCCUCCAAAACACUCAAACUUACUCAGUUUGUAUUGCGCUCUUAUCAUUGUGGGAACAGCAGUUUUCCUGCUUGGCCUCUACAAUUUCAUCAUAACUCGAUGGUGCAGCGAAAACAACCACACGAAUCAGUCUCAUGAACAAAACUCUAUCCAAAUUCCUAAUAACCUUAACGUGAACAUAGUGUCCAGUUUCAGGUACAAGAAAAAAGAACUUGGAGGAAUUCAUCAGGAGAAGAACAAUGAGUAUGAAUGUGCUGUGUGUUUAUCAGUUCUUGAAGAAGGGGAAGAAGUGAAGCAACUUCCAAUAUGCAAACAUUCUUUUCAUGCUUCUUGCAUUGAUAUGUGGCUUUAUUCUCAUUUGGAUUGUCCGUUGUGUCGUUCUCCGGUGGAGCCACUGGUGCUUCACCAGAAUAGUUUCACAAGGCAAGAGGAAAGUUCUCGAGAUGGGUUGAUAGUUCAAGACAGUUCAGUUUAG